UCCUGCAGUAUCGGUUGGGGUUUCGUUCGGUUCGGUUCGCAGUAGGAAAAGUUGGAAAAGCUAGUUGUUUUCCACUCCUGGGCAAGGAGUAUACAAGUGAACGCGCGGGAAAUUGUUGCUGUUAAGGUGAUACUGAAUAAAUAAGAAUUCCAUUAAUUCGCACGACGAUAGUUGCAGUUUCACGGCGUCUGAUGAGGAUUUGAAUAAUACAAAUUUGGAAUGUGGAUGAUAACAGCAGGAUUAGUGAUAUAAUAAUAGUGUAUGCAGCUUUGUAAUCCAAUUAAGUGAAAUUUUCCGAGGCAAUUGCCGGCAAGAAGCAAAUUAGUGUUGCUAUAAUACAGAAGUGGAGUACGUGCAUCCAUAACAAGGCAAAAAGCCGUUUUUGUGUAACGUGGAAAUAACGCAGCUGGAAAAUAGUGCUUCAAUGAGUAUAAUUCAAUAGUGUUCUUCCCGAGUAAGCAGUGUUACGGUUCGACCUAGAGGAUUAUCCAUGGCCAACUUGAGGAUUACCACGACCCGGAUGCAUUUUGGAUUAAAUUUCAUCAUACUGAUUAUCGUAUCCUCCAUCUACGGAAACCACACGCUGGACAGUGGGAAAGCGAACAAAAGUAGUACCAGCAAUGGCAGUCCUUCGAGUCCUUCGUCCAAUGCUUCGGCGAACCAACCAGUGGCAGCUCUUUCACUCAUCCCAGAUGAGGAGAUAGCGCACUUUGUGAACCAGUCCCGCAUAACGACUUGCAAGUUCUCCCAGCCGGACGUUAGACUUCAGUGGCGCAAUCCGAGGAACACCAUCGUCAGCGACACCAAAGGUCGGGUUCACAUCGAAGAGAUCGGUGGAGCACUGCUGCUGGUGUUCGAGUCCAUCGUCCGGGCCGACCAGGGCAGCUGGACCUGCGAAGCGGACGCCGGUGGAACCGUGCUGAAAAAAUCCUUCAAAAUGAUAGUUAAUGAGCCAAUCUCGUUCCGGGACACCAGCACUGUCCAAACGGCGACCGAAGAUAAGGACGCCACCAUCCGCUGCGAGGUGAGAGGCCAUCCGGAGCCAUCGGUGUCUUGGUACUUCAACGGGCAGCCAUUGUUCCCUCCGAACGCUAAGUACACAGCAUUAGCCGAUGGGUUGCUCGUCAAAAAGGUUACGAAGAACGAUAGUGGCGAAUACACGUGCAAGGCGUUUCAGGUUUCCUCUUCCGGUAGCAGCUUCGAGGAGAAAACGAUCCGACUAAACAUCAAACACAAACCCUACUUCCAGAAACCCCGAGGAGGCUACUCGUGGGGUAACGUCACCUAUGGCUACGUGGGAGGUGCGGUUAAUUUGACCUGUGAUGCCGUGGCCGAACCGCCGGCCACUUUUACCUGGUCGUCCCACAAUAAAAAGUUUUCCCAUAAAAAUCACCUCAUCUUCAGCGGUCCGCACGUUUCCAUGCUGCAGAUAGUGAUUAAAAACAGCACCGCUUUCGGCAAGUACAAGUGUGAAGCCAAAAACGAGCUUGGCACGAUAUCCCGGGAGAUUCAGCUGCGCGAAGGAACAAAGCCAGAUCCGCCCAGCAGGUUCCAACUGCGAGGAGUGAAUUCCGACACACUGGACAUCGAUGUCGGUGCCACAAAGUCGCAUGACGUCGAUCCGGACCAUUCGACCAUCAUUGGCUAUCGUUUCGAGAUGAUUCCGACGGAGGAAUUCGCCAAGCAUCGCAACUGGGAUCGAGCUCAUCGACGUGACUUUGACGUGGAGGACGGAGUCACGUACUUGCUAGUGCACCUCAUUCCGGAUACCCGGUACCUGAUCCGGGUGGCAGCACGAAACGCCGCCGGUCUUAGCGAUUGGACCGAAGUGAAAGAAUUCACCACCCACCCGUUGCAGCCCCAUGGGUUCAAUUCCGGUGCUUCUGGACCGGAUGCCAACGCUUUGCUCUUCCUGCGAUUGCUUACCGCCCUAAGCUCCAGCCUCCUCUCGACCGUGGUGAAAUUAAAAUUUUAACCAUGGACGCUGGCCAGCAGCUAGAACAGCCAAUAAAAAAAGUAGAAUUUCAAUCAAAAGACUUUGAGAAAAUCGCACGGAAGGGCGGAAAUUGACGUCACGUACAUUCACACACAUACACAUACCCACACACAACACACAUUCAAUCGCCCACAGCUAUAGAUACUGACUUACAGUGACGGACGAAACUUUAAGAGUACCUUACUCAAAUUAAUGAUUAUGGCUGGAUUACUAAAUUUCAAGUCAAAUUUCCAGACUUUUACGAGCUAGAAUUUUUCUAAACGAUAAUAGGCCCGUUACUCGGCCAACAAAUUGAACUAUGACACGGUUUGGAUUCCACAUUGGUUACUGUGAACGAUAAAAGAGGAAUGCUGUCCUUCAUUGUUUAACGAUUCAUGCAAAAAAAGUUCAUGGAAGGUGUUAUGCUUUUGGUGCGCAUUUUUAACACUCUUUGUGUUCCUGUUAUUUUUUUUUUUGCUUCUGUUAUAUUCUAAAAAUGUGAAAACUGACUCAUUAAAUGAAUCUUAAAACGCAAAAUCAUAAUAAGAAUGCCAUGAAUUUAAAAAAAAAAUCAAAUUCAUUCAUAUCAGAUAAGUGGUCUUAACAUUCUGUCCGUCACUGUACUACCUACAAAAUACCGAGCAAAGACCGAUUUUCCUCUCGCCACUGCCAGUGACUGACUGCAGCAAUUUGGAAUUUCACUGUUGGUGCAGUGGUGGUCAAAGCAGGCGCCCGCCAUCAUCCCACGUUGGCGGCUGCCAUCAGAUGGCGUCGAGCGAACACAUGGUUAGCAAUCAAACUAGACCGCAAAUUGUGCUUUUUUUUUUUCGCCCCCAUCUCUGUCUCUCUCUAGGUUGUCAAAUUCAGCAUGUUAGCUCGUGAACAAAAAAGAACGAACAUAUACGAAACAAAACCGGAAGAGAACGCUCCUUAGCCCUUAAAGUGCAAUUAGGUAACACGAAUUUUCCAUACAGCAAGAAGAAAAGUAGACGUAGAGGUACAUUGUAGGAUUAGGUAAUAUGGCAUGAAUGAAUGGUUAUUUGAUGAAGGGAAUGGGAGAUUGGGAAAAUUGGCUUAUCAUAAGAAUCGGAAUCGUUUGUGUGAUUGUAGCGCAUUUGUUGGAUGGGAAGUUGCCCUUUCUAUGGUCAAUGUUGUUCUUUGUUCGAUAACUUACGCUUCCAUUCAGUCAUACGAAAAAUGAUUGUUGGCGUAGAUGACAGAAGAAUUGAUUUGUGAUGAUUAUAUUGAUGCAUCUUCUGAAGGGCUGAUUGAGUAUUUUGUUUAGGUGUUCAGUUUGAAAUGAAAUAUAUAUGAUACAGUGGUAAAAUGACUUCAAACAAAAGCAUGUAAGUAAAUAUCAACCAUCUGGGCAACCAUAUAUUGCGUUAUAACAGUUAAGAAACAAGAUGCAAACACCAAGUUGCGUACACAUUUUUGAGUAGUUUUGUGAAAGACCACUUGGAAUUCAAGUAGAAUCCCUUGAUAUGAAAUUCGAGAGAAAGUUGAAGAAGUAUCUUCUUAAAGCAGUUCCCGAAGAUAGAUUUGCAAAUAUUUCUGAAGCGAUUCACAAAAUAUUUGUUGUUUUGAAUGAAUUACUUCAAUUACUUUUUUAAAUGUAAUCAGGAGAACCCAUUAAGGAAUCUAAGAGCGAUCCCUUGUGGAUUUUUUUUUUCAAUUGAUCAAAUUUUUACUUGAAAUUUUGUUGAUAAUUUCUCUGGAUCAUUUUGCAAUUUUCUGUUGAACUUUCAAGAAUUUUUUUUGUAAAAAUCUUAUAAAAUGUUAAAAACACUUGUACGGUGAUUCCUGAGUGAAUUUUUGAAGAUAUCUUCUUCAUGAAAAAUUCAUGAGCAAAUUUUGGAAGAUAUUGUUGCAAAAUAAAUAUCUGUUCAGUAGUUUAUUAACAACGUGGAUCAAAGAGUACGGCAUUUCUCAGCCAAAACCACCGUUGCAAGCAACCUUGUUGUUCUUGAGCAGAAGAGUGGCAUCAUUAUCCUUUCUUGCCGUGGCACU